AUGCCAUUGCCACUGUGCAGAUGCCGAGUACUGUACAUCGGCAGUGCAGUGCCGACCAUCACGAAAGAUGGUUUACAAGGAAUUCAGCAGCCAUUGAAAGAGCGAUACCCCAUUCACGAGUCACCGGACACACGUGGCAUUGAUUCUUGGCUAUCCGUCUGGUCAAACGGUGUCCUUCUCGAGUACAUCGAGGGAGAGAAGAAAACGGAGACCGUCUUCUUCCCAAUCAUCACUCUUCACUACUGUGCUGCCGUUCGUUACGUCAACGUAGAAGGGUUCAAAGUGGGCGGUGGCGGUGAGCAAUUCAUGCCAUUGGACAGUCCGUUCGCCAAUAUUCCCAAUUCUCCGCAUCCGCCAAUAUUCGCGGCGAUUUUUAGACGGACUACCGGGGUGAAAGUUCUGGAAUGUCACGGAUUCAUUUGUACUAAUGUGAAGGCGGCGAACGCGUUGGUCAGGUGUAUGGUACACGCCUAUACAGAGACUAUGCAGUUGAAGAUGGACGAGAGAAUUCCAGGCCUAAAAGCGAUCAAAGAAGGUGAGGGAUCGACGGGCGAGCGGUCUCCCAACUCUCCGUCCAGUGAAAUCGAGGAGAAUUCAUUCGAAGAAGACGUUCUUCCAGUCGAGGAGAAAAAUAUGAAGAAUUGGCAAGAAAGACGUCAACAAGACGGAGAGUAUGAUAGCGUAUCGAUUAGUAGCAGUCUCGUGAAUCACAAUAAGAAUAAUACUAAUAAGAAGGCCGCUAGUGAGACAGGCGGAAUCCGCGGUGCACUCGUUCCAUUCGAAGAACCAAUGCGUCGUGCCGGCUCGGACAACGAUCUCUCCUACCGCGGUCCCCCACCACAUCCAUUCCAUCCAAUGCACCAUCCGUACCCCAUGAUGGCUCCGCCCCCAUUCGCCUUCUUCCCACCACCACCCCAUCAUCGUGGCGGCGCACCUCCACAUCCUCAUUUUGGCGGUCCACCACCACCGCACUGGGCUCGCGGAGCACCACCACCACACCAUUUCAUGGCUCCGCCCCCUCACCCACACUACGGUAUGCCACGUGGUGGAUUCAUGGCUCCGCCCCCUCCGCAUCCGAUGAUGUUCCGCGGUGGAUUCCCGCCAUUCUUCCCACCGCCACCACCACAUUUUAUGCGGCCGAGUAGUCCGCCGGCGGGCGACGGACCGAUCAUCACCGGACCCGAGUCGGUAUACGGUACUAUGCGCCGUGGCGCGUAUGAGGAGCCACCGUAUGUCGGGGCGACCGGUGGAUUCCCCGAGGCGAGCUAUCAGCCGGCGAAUUACGGUGGCGAUGGGUAUGAGACGUAUUACGAUACAUUCAAAAAGCGUGGGACACUCAAGAAAGGCGGGGAGUCCGCGUCGAUGGCGUCCACGAGAGCCGAUAGUCAGUGGGAUCAGUAUGAGGCGGGGAUUUACCGGAAACCACAUAUCAAUGAAAAGGCGUUUUCGGGGACGUUGAGAUCAAUGGCCGCCAAAGAAACCAGCAACGCGACACUAAACCGAUCAGAACACGCUGAAGUCGGCUCCCAAACCGUUGAAACAGAGAUAACUCGUCCAGACUCCCCACCAGUUGAUUAUGAAGCAUUUGAGAAGCUGAAAUUGAAGGAGAGUCAGAAUCGACGUGCCGCUCAGACUACAAAUUGA